AUGAAAGCAAACAUCACAUCGAGAUGCAUGCAUCUUUACAGAGAGAAGGCUUAUCAUGAGCAGCUCACCGUUUCCGAAAUCACAAAUGCAUGCUUCGAACCAGGUAGCCAGUUGGUAAUAUGUGAUCCACGUAAUGGGAAGUACAUGGCAUGCUGUUUGUUAUUCAGAGGAGACGUCGUACCAAAGGAUAUCAAUUCUGCCAUAUCCGUAAUCAAAACAAAAAGAAAUAUACAGUUCGUCGACUGGUGUCCAACUGGAUUCAAAGUCGGUAUCAACUAUCAGCCGCCUACUGUCGUACCUAAUGGUGAUAUGGCCAAACUUCAACGUGCGGUGUGCAUGCUAUCCAACACCACUGCUAUUCAGGAGGCCUGGGCAAGACUCGACCACAAAUUCGACUUGAUGUACGCAAAGCGAGCAUUCGUGCACUGGUAA